AUGCGGAAUCCACUGUCCUUACACUCGGGUUUGGGUUCUCUCCUCUUCCUCAGCCUUGUUUCUGUUGCACUAUCACUACCUACCGGUCCCAAUUAUGGAUGGUCGCCGUACGGCUCUCAGAACCACGGCUUCCAGAACCAUGACUUCCAGAACCAUGGCUUCCAGAACCAUGACUUCCAGAACCACGGCUUCCAGAACCAUGACUUCCAGAACCAUGACUUCCAGAACCAUGGCUUCCAGAACCAUGGCUUCCAGAACCAUGACUUCCAGAACCAUGACUUCCAGAACCACAACCUCUACCAAUGGCCACCAUCUAACCUCCAGAGUGUCGUAACUCAACAAGGUCCGAAUGUCCCUCAACAUGGGUUGCCUCAACAGCAUUUGUCGUCCUUCGGGAACGCCCCACAACCUGCGCAAAUUCCUCCAAAAUUCAGUUCAACAUCUCGCAUUCUUCCUGACGAAGAAUGGGACCGUUUUUUCUUGGAUUCUGCAAGGCGAGACCUUGGUCGAGGAAAAUCGGCAAUCCCUCCAUCUCUUCCAUCAUCUCAUGCUGGUUCGUACCCUUCAUCUUCCGAAGCGCGUGGAUUCGGCCGAGUCUCCAACGAGGGAGCUUCGAGCUCGGGCAGAGCAUACUCCAUUAAUCGUCAUCAUCCUAUCGAGGACGCUGGCGUCUUCAACCGAAUCAACCAAGAAAAAUUCGAGGGAAAGCUAAAAAAAGUUAAUUAUAUUGCUUUGGAUAAGGGUACUCAGGAUGGCAUCAAGAGACCACUACGCAGUUUUCCUGGGAACGUAUACGAAAUCAUUGAACCUGGGCAACACGAAUUGCAGCAUAAAGGAGUUGCUAUUAAUAGGGUCUGGAUGACCAAGACCAAAGGUAACGCGAAGUGGAAAAUAAAACAUCCGGGAGUUUUUGCGGAAAUCGACCCGGCUGGUAUGACGUUCUUCAACUUCUGGGGCACUCCUGGAAUUUUAAAGCGAGGCUCUGGAAUGGACAUCUUUAACUACGGCAUGGGCUAUUUAGAUCCCAACCUAGACAAAGGAUGGAGCAAUCAACUAAUGGUGAAGUUGACCAACGGAGUCCGAACUGCUGCGGACUUUCACUAG